AUGCACGUUCCUCUUUUGGACGUCUUUGGUGACGUGCCGAACGGUGUGAUGCUGGCGCUGAUGGUGGACCGCGCCCCGCCGGCGUCGCUCGCCGCCCUCCCGGUGCAUCUAUUCGAGGCAACCACCUCGCGCGACGGCGUCCGACACACGGCUGGGGAGGAACAACGGGGGCAGGAGGCCAUUCAACGGCGCCGCAGUCAUAAUUAUAACCUCGAAAUAUCGCCCUGCACCGCUGCCCACGGCAGCCGGAUUUUUUGCCACAACGAAGGCGCACCGCGUACGACGGUGUGCCUAAGAAAUGUGCGGUUUCUCACGGGGUCUGACGAAAUGGCGCAAAUAGGAAUUGGCGCAGCCAUGAGCACCAUCGGCCCAGGCAACCGGAGCGGUGGCCACGAGGGUGGAACUGUGUCGUCACACCCUCAGCGCGUGAAGCGGUCCCUGCUUCUGCUGAAGCGGCGCGUUGUGCUGGUAUUGGAGCAUCUGAGGGCCAUUGAGUCCGGGUGUGUUGCGUGUCCGGCCCCCGAUGUCCUGCGCCACGUAGCGAAGGCGUGUGCGAUGCUACCUGUCAGCAUCCACGACGCCUCCCUGUGCCCAGUCGCCGUUGUCAUUAUCCCCACCACCGCGGCCGACGAAGAGGUGUGUGGGGCGUUGGCCAUCACACUUCUCUCGCUUGGGACAAAAUGCGCACUGGCCUUGUGCGAGCUCGUCAGAGCUCAGGAGGAAGGUCCCGCGGUGGGAAGGCUCCCCGGCUGCGCGGGGCCGACAGAACUUGGCGUGAGUGGCCGACGGCAAUGCUGA